AUGGGCAAAAGAUGGCGACCUGGAUGGGAAGAAGGCAAGAAUCCUCAGAAUGAUGAACACCACCAUGGUAAUAGAACUGCUUAUCAAAGACAUCGGGACAGCUGGCCUAAUAGUAAAGGAAUACUUUCUCCCCGCACUCCCAAGCAACAACCGUGGUUAAGUGUGGAUGCAAACCUAAAAAUCCCAAAAGAGUUAACAAGUGCAAGCAAGGGAGAACUGCUUGAGAAGGCUAAUGAACGCUUGGCAUCUGGUGAAAUUACACAAGAUGAAUUCCUUGUUGUAGCGCAUCAAAUUAGGCAGCUUUUUCAGUACCAAGAGGAUAAACACAGAUGUGUGUACAGCAGCCCUACUGAAGAAUCAAGCAAAGGUGGAGUGCGCAAAACACCCCUUCUUUCUAGUGCAGAGCUGACUUACUACCAGCAUAAAGCCAAGCUUAGGAGAACUCAGGUACAGCAUAAUUUUAUGGAACAAGACUUUAUGGAUUUACCUGAUUUAGCCAUGGAUGAAAUGGCCUCUAUUGGUAGAGAAGAAGAGCUCAAUGAAAGAAUGUCCAGCAGCUUGUCUGAAAUAAAUGAUCCGUUUCCAGAACGAGUGCAUUGUCAUUCCCCUAUGCCUCAAACGCUUCUGCUUGAGGAAGACCUCCCUCGAGAAGAUCAUAGGAGACCUGAUGAUCGAGAACUGCUCAAAGGUUUAAGAGAUGAAUCAUGGACAUUAUACAGUGAACAAUAUACUCUCAAAACAUCCAGAUAUGAUGAAAAAGAACAGGUGCCUUUUGUAGACAGUACAGACCUAGUCAGCAAAGAGAGUUCAAAACAUGUUGGUUUACUUGAGGAGAGAAGACCACUGCAUGAACUUCCAACACUGUUGCCUAAUAGAGGUGAAGAUGCUGGCAGUCAGGGUUUUGAAGACAUGGACAUUAUGGACAGUAGAGAGAGUUCUCCAGUCAAGAGAUUUGAUAGUCCUUUAGUAAAUCAAGCUGCAGGUCAACUUUUCGAAAACCUGAAAGGGCAACCGAUGGACUUUGACCCUAUGGGAAGCAAUUUAGUUGAUUCUCCAAGGUUUGAUAAUUCUGGACCACCAAAUAACGCUCAGAGCCAGACAUUGCAAAGAUUUGAAGGUGUGCAAAAUCAAAUGGUUAUUAAUCCACUGAUAUGCAGUCAAAGAAUAGAGGCUUCUCCAGGUCCACCUCUUGUUUCAACAAGAUUUGAUGGACCACAAGGACAGCAAAUGGGAUCUCAGAUGUUUGAUGGAAUUCCUGGACAACCCAUAGGUCCACCACGAUUUGAUGGAGUGCAGCCAGUGGGACCGCAGAGGUUUGAAGGCGGUAUAGGACCAGGACCACAAAGAUUUGAUGGCGGGCUUGCACCACAAAAUUUUGAUGGCCCUCAACGAUUUGACGGCACACAAAGAUUUGAAGGACCUCAGAGAUUUGAUGGAGUAAGCCCACAAAGAUUUGAUGGGCCCCAAAGGUUUGAUGGCAAUUCUGGACCUCAGAGGUUUGAUAGCAAUUCGGGGCCUCAAAGGUUUGAUGGACCUCAAAGAUUUGAAGGACUGCCCAGGCCACAGCUACUCCAGCAGAGGUUUGAGGGGUCACAGGUUCCUCCCAUGAGAUUUGAGCAACCAAUGACACAGCCAGUUAUGUUUGAUGGUGCUGGACAACCAAUGGGCAAUGUGAGGUUUGAAGUACCACAUGGUCCUAGGUUUGAUGGGCCACCUGGUCCUAGGUUUGAUGGGCCACCUGGUCCUAGGUUUGAUGGGCCUCUAGGUCCUAGGUUUGAUGGGCCUCCAGGUACAAGGUUUGAUGGCCCUCCUCAGGGUCCAAGAUUUGAUGCAAGUCAAGGUCCCAGGUUUGAUCAUGGUCCUGGUCCCCAAAGUUUAUUGAGGUUUGAUGGACCUAUGGGACAGGCUGGGCCCCGAUUUGACAAUGUUCCUGUGAAUAGAUUUGAAAAUCAUCCUCCCCUUUUGCCAAGAUAUGAAGGUGUUCCUGGACAACCAUGCACAAGAUUUGAUGGCCCUCCUGGACAUCAAACUCCUCCUAGAUUUGAUGGCCCAGUGCACAUGCAGCCUCGGUUUGAUGCACCGAUGCCACAACGAUUUGAUGGCCCCAAUCAGCAGGCCAGAUUUGAUAUGCCUAUUGGUCCCCAAGGACCACGAUUUGAAAAUAUAAAUCCACCCAUUGGACAGAAUCCUCCACCCUUUGUCCAGACUGCUCCUUUUGCUGAUCCCCAAAAUGUGUUUCAUGGACAGUCGCAAGGUAUGCAAUUUCAAAGACCUGAACAAAGAUAUGAUGUGCCUCAAGGACCGGGAUUUACUGGGCCCCCUGCUCCUGGAAUGCAGAUCUUUUCUAACCAGCUCCCUAGACCAUCAGGACCUUAUUUCGAUGACAAAAAUCCACAGGCACCUCCUUUUGGGAACUUCAACCUACCUGUUGCAAAUCUGCCACCAAACCCUCCAGUAAGUAAUUAGUGUAAACUUUGUCUCCAUUUUCCCUUCUAUGGGUGCUAUGGCUCAACCUACACCUUUUAAUCAGGAGCCAAUUAUGGGCACAGCACAAGCACAGAAUCCUGGAUCAUUUAUACCGAACCAACCAACUGCCUCAUUUCCUAACCCUGAAAAUCACUUGGGUCAGUUGGAUGUUAAUGAAUUAUUUUCAAAGCUGCUUUCAACUGGAAUCCUUAAAGUGUCGCAGUCUGAGCCAUCUUCCUCUCAAACCGAGACACCCAGUCAGCCUGCAACUGAGGAGGAGGAAGAGGAACCGGUCGAAGAACACGAGAUUCCUGAUCUUACCAGCUUUGUCAUAGAAGAUAUGAAACAACGCUUUGACUGUGUUAUAACCCGCCUGUACACUGGCAUCCAGUGCUAUUCAUGUGGGAUGAGGUUUACAAAGUCACAAACCGACGUAUAUGCGGACCAUUUAGAUUGGCAUUACCGGCAAAACAGGACAGAAAAAGAUGUGAGCAGGAAAAUAACACACAGGAGAUGGUAUUACAACUUAACAGAUUGGAUAGAGUUUGAGGAAAUUGCAGAUCUGGAGGAAAGGGCUAAAAGCCAGUUUUUUGAGAAAGUCCAUGAAGAGGUCAUAUUAAAAACUCAGGAAGCUGCUAAGGAGAAAGAAUUUCAGAGUGUUCCGGCUGGUCCUGCUGGAGCUGACGAGAUUUGUGAAAUCUGCCAGGAGCAGUUUGAACAGUAUUGGGAUGAGGAAGAGGAGGAGUGGCAUCUGAAAAAUGCUAUGCGUGUAAAUGACAAGAUUUAUCACCCUUCCUGUUAUGAAGACUAUAAAAAUACUUCUUCCUUCUUGGACUCCACACCAUCUCCAAGUAAAGCACUCCUGGAAAAUCCACUGAGUGCCAUGCUAAGUUUGGUUAAGGAAGAAGCCACAGACACUACCGACGUUGCACUCAAAAUCAAGGAAGAGCCUACAGAGGACAGACCCUGUAGUAAGGGCGAAAGCAUACCUCUGUUAACAGAGAUCAAAUUGGAAUCCACCAAUCCCGAGUAG